GGUAGACCAAAUCCAUAUCGAGCGGUGGGAGGCCCAGCACGGAGUGAUGUGACAUACGGCCCAAUAUAAGCAACGCCCUAUCCGGCGGCGGCUAUCCCCAUCGCAUAAAAAGCUGGGAGGUGAGGCGUACCAAGAACCCUAGCCUCCGGAUCCAUCCAUCCGCCCCUCGCUGCCGCUGCAUCUCGUCUCCACCACCCCACUUGCCCCCGGACCCAGGAGGAUCGUCGGAGAUGUCGGACACCGAUGAGCACCACUUCGAGUCCAAGGCCGACUCCGGCGCCUCCAAGACCUACCCUCAGCAGGCCGGCGCCAUCCGCAAGGGUGGACACAUCGUCAUCAAGGCCCGUCCCUGCAAGGUUGUUGAGGUCUCCACCUCCAAGACUGGGAAGCAUGGUCACGCAAAGUGUCACUUUGUUGCCAUUGACAUCUUUAAUGGAAAGAAGCUUGAGGAUAUCGUUCCUUCAUCCCACAACUGUGACGUAAGCUACACCGAGAUGCUUCAUUUUGUUAGUUUCUUUUCGUUCAGUAGAUCUUAUUUAGCCUUCUCUGUUGUGUUAUUUGUUCAGGUCCCCCAUGUUGACCGCCAAGAUUAUCAGCUGAUUGACAUAACUGAUGAUGGAUAUGUCAGCCUUCUAACUGAGAGUGGCAACACUAAGGAUGACCUGAAGCUUCCCACUGAUGAUGUUCUGCUUGGCCAGAUCAAGACUGGAUUUGCUGAUGGCAAGGACCUGAUCCUGUCUGUGAUGUCCGCCAUGGGUGAAGAACAGAUCUGCGCUGUGAAGGAAAUCGGUGGUGGCAAGUAAGCAGCUGUGCGUGGUUGCCUACCUGCGAUACUUGGUAUCUAGUGCUUCUGGGUGUUUGAGAUACACAUACAUAGGCAUCAAGAUAUCUGUUGGGUGAAACAAGUUUGAUCCAGAUUUGUGUGUUUUUUACACCGAAUGCUCGAGGUGCUGCUAGUACUUUGUUAUCUAUCUAUCUAUCUCUAUUAUAAUACCCUUUGGAAUUGGAACUGAGUGGUUGCUGGAACUUAGAUUCCGGUUUGCUCAUCCGCCCUAUCUCUAUGAAUGAAUUGGUUUGGGUUA